AUGGUAGAUACUUUCUGUGCCACCUGGAAGCUGGUUGACAGCCAGAACUUUGAUGAGUACAUGAAAGCCCUAGGAGUUGGCUUUGCUACCAGACAGGUUGGCAACGUGACCAAACCCACCGUCAUCAUUAGCCAAGAAGGUGACAAAGUGGUGAUCAGGACCCAGAGUACAUUCAAGAACACAGAGAUCAGCUUCAAGCUGGGGGAAGAAUUUGAUGAAGCCACAGCUGAUGACAGGAACUGUAAAGAGUCUACUGUAACACUGGAAGGAGAUAAAUUAGUCCAUGUACAGAAGUGGGAUGGCAAAGAAACAAAAUUUGUAAGAGAAAUAAAGGAUGGCAAAAUGGUUAUGACUCUUACUUUUGGUGAUAUUGUCUCUGUUCGUCAGUAUGAGAAGGCAUAG